AUGGAUACUUUCGAAGACACAUUGCCUCCUGCGCCUCCAGGCAUUACACCAGAAGUCCUGACCAAAAUUGAGGCGCUUUUCCGAAAUACACACUUUCCUAGCAUCUCAGGGCCCAUUAAUGAGCAAAAACACCAAGUUCCCGCAACGGAUAUCCCGGACACCCUCACAGAUAUCGUAUAUGAAGACCAGUCCAUACGGGAAGAAAUCAAUGUUCCAAUCAACGAGACGGGAGUUUUCAUGGAGCACGAUUCAAAUAAGGAGCGAGAAGAGGAAGUAAGAUUGAGGAAGCAGCGGCAUCGAGUCAAUGGCAAGGGAGCACGAAAGAAGCACACCCGAAGCACAGCAAAGUAUGAUUGCUCCAUUCAGAGGAUAGUCGCACGUAUCGAAUACCCCUCAAAGACCAGUCUGAUUCACCUCCAAUCUACUCCCUGUUCACCAGAUACGAUCGAGACGACAGAAAAUCUUCCAUUCAAUAUCUUCGCACUUUCCACACGAACCAUCCACUGCGUCUCGAAGUACAUAACACAAUACCUUCCCUUUCCACUUUCUCUAGUUCGACUCCUGGUAAGCAAUUACUUGAAUGUUGAUACCAAGUACAAAAUGGACACCAGGACCGAAAUCGAACUAAUGAAGGUGGUUCGCGUUCUCGCAUUUACAGGGGGAGAAGAGAAUGGAGAUAUUGGAUGUGUCGAGCCAUUGGAGAUACAUGCGAGAUACAAGCGAGUAAGGGAGAUUAUGAGGGAGAGUGGAUAUCAGGUUGAUGAGGAUCUGUAUAGAAGACAGAUCAAGAAGGCGCUGGGGAGGCUGAAGGAAUAG